AUGCACAUCAUUGAAGCAGUAAGUCCUCCUGUGUCAUGUAAACCUGGGAGAUUAUCUUCGAAGAGAUUAAAAAUUGUUAAAGGUCUUCUUUUACUGUCUGAGGAUAAAUGUGAUUACAUGAUAAUUAUUGUUAGCUUCACCAAAUGGCCAGAAAUUAUUUCUACUGGUGAUAUGUCUGCUCAGACUACCGGCCGACGGCUGAAUGGACAUGAUCUACUCGAUUUCUAUCCAUCUCAUGAACAUGUCAACAGUCAUCUGCGUGUUACUGCAGCAACAUUGUGGAUUCAACUUCGAUAUUCACCACACCUUCCUAGAGAGAACAGGACUCAGCUUCAAAAUCAGUCUGUGACGUUAUACGUUUUUCGAGUUGGUAAUAGUACUGAUCAGAUGCAUCAUCUAACUUCAUACAGGCAUUAUAAUAUCACUCCAGGAUGGCGUCGUUUGGAAGUAGGUGAUGCUGUCAAGCAGUGGUUUUCCGCUGGUGCUAAUCGGGAUAAAUUAACUCUACUUGUCGACUGCACUGGUUGUGACUCCAAACUUGAAAUUAUUUUAUUCCCUGAUUCCAACGACAUUACAGCAAAUGGUAAAGCUCGGAAAAUACGUCAUGGUGGGCAUGAGCAACAAUUGCGAAGUUUACGACCCUUUCUAGCGAUUGCAACAGAAACUACCGAACAAAGAAGGCGACCAAAGCGUCAUUCAAGGACUUGUAAAGGUCAUUGUUGCCGUCAGAAUCUCUAUGUGAGUUUUGAAGAUUUAGGAUGGAGUGACUGGAUUAUAGCACCCAAAGGGUACUACGCUAAUUUUUGCAUGGGAAAUUGUAAGGGACCAAGAUCAUAUGACUCUUUUCCUACAUUCCACACUCAUGUUAUUGAGGAAUAUCGAAGUCGAAAUCCGUAUGCUUCCAUCCACCCAUGCUGUGCUCCUACAAGAUUAUCUCCUAUGUCACUUAUAUAUUUUGAUCCUGAUUUAAAUAUAAUAAAGACUGACUUACCAAAAAUGAUAGUAGAAGACUGCGGCUGCACUUAAAUUCUUCUUCUCAUGCAUCUUUCCUUUGAUGAAGGUGGUUGGAGUACUUCCUGAAGCGGGUCUUCGGAUGACGCCUGUUCUAAAUCUUAGUCACUGCCAAUGGUGCGAACGAUCCAACGUUCUGCUCAUCUCUUCAAGCAUUCCUUACAUCGUUGGUGAUAACUCUAAACGGGAAAACUUUCUCAAAGAAGCAGAAACUAACGUGAUGAAAAUGAGCUUUUUUAAUAGCCUUGAAUACCUUGUUUUGUGUUUUUUAACGAUGUGCUGAAUGCAUUUGUAUAUAAUAAGUUCACACUAGAGCAGUGAACUUCGAGAGAUUCAAUGCUAUCAUACAAUUUUACGCAUUUCAGUUGCUUUACAGGAAGUUUAUGUUUGGCAUGCAUAUAAUUUGGUAGCAUUCAAUUUUUAUUACCAAAGUGUAUGCCAAAAAAAUGAACAUCCUGCCUCUAAAUCGCGCAUUUCUUCAGUGUCUUUAAAAAAGGAUUUCUAUGCUACUAUUUUGACUCUGAUCAGAUAGCUUUAUCCUCAUUAAAAUAUUUCACAUUGUAAAAAGCAA